AUGGGCGUCCGUGAAGAUAAGUGGAAAUGGGUUGGGAAGGUUUUGGGACCGACAGACUGGUUCUCCCUGUUCCUCACGAUUGGAAUUUUGAAGAAACAAGCAAUGGAAGAAUGGCAGGAAAUGUAUUGGAACAGCAGUAAGGAUCUGUGGUAUCAUAAUAUCACAGUGGAGUCGAAAUGUACUGAUAAUCUUUCUAAAAUGGUUACGGGAGUGAUCAUGAAGAAAGAUAGUCGAAGGAUCUUGAGUAAUAUUACUCAGUUUCGCACAGGCCAUGGCAACUUUGGCGCAUGGUUUAAAAAGUUUGGAAUUGAAAAGGAUAGUUACAACUGCAAAUGUGGAGAGCUGGAAACAGUUCAUCACAUUUUAGUUGAGUGUCAUUUGCUUGAAGAGGAAAGAAAAGGACUGAAACGGAUAUCUCCAGAGAUGGACAUGUCGACUCUCUUAAACAGUUUAACUGGCUUACAAGAGAUUAUUUUGAAGUAUAUUAAUCCAAAAAGCAAUGAUACCAUUAUACCACAAAUUAGAAAAGAAGAUGGAACUCUCACUACUACUGUUGACGACAAAAGACAUGAAAUAUGGAAGGCACUUCUACCUGAAAUUGAUCAUGGUCUUGAUAGAGAGUUUGAAAUUGAUGACGAUUCUCGAUGGCCAAAAUUAGAGUUUGAUGAAGUUGACUCUGCAUUGGCUGAUACCCCAAAUGAUAAAGCUCCAGGAGACGAUGGAAUUACUGGCAAAGUUUUAAAGAUGGCAUGGCUGAAUGAAGACUUUAAGGAAAGGUUUUUCAAGCUUCUCCAAGCUUGUGUGAAGUUUGGAUACCACCCAAAAGUCUGGAGACAUGGCAUUAUUGUUGUCAUACCUAAACCUAAGAAACCUGACUAUUCAAAGCCAAGAGCAUACCGACCAAUUUCCUUACUUAAGAUUCCAUCUAAAGUACUAGAAAAAAUUAUACAAAAAAGAAUUACCAAGCUUACAACACACUUACUUCCACCAGAGCAAUAUGGGGGAAGACAAGGUUAUUGUGCUACUGAUGCUGUUUUGGAACUUGUCCAAAGAAUUGAAACUAGUAAAGAAAAAAUUUCAGCUAUGCUCAUUGAUAUCCAAGGAGCUUUUGAUAAUGUUAACAGAAAUAUAUUGGCAGACACAAUGGAGGAUAUGAAACUACCCAAAGCACUUAUAAACUGGACGUACCAAUUUGUAAGUGAAAGAGAAGCUAGUAUGCUCAUGGACCGAAGAAAAGGAUCAGUGCAAAAAAUUAGUACUGGAAUUCCACAAGGUUCACCUAUUUCACCACUACUUUUUUUGAUAUAUUCCACACCAAUGUAUCAUGCCAUUAAAGAAUGGGGUGGAACUCCUUUUGGCUUUAUUGAUGAUGUAACUAUUACCGCUGAAGGUAAAAUUGAAGAAAAUACCAAAAGCUUAAGCAACAUAUUAGAAAAAUGUUGUAAUUGGGCUAAAUCAAGAAUGACCAAAAUUGAUUUGGGUGAUAAAUUAGGUUUUAUUCAUUUUACAAAAAAUGUAAAACCUAAAGAUGAAAAAGUGCAACUUAUUUUACCUAAUGGAAAAUUUCGUUAA